AUGGAAAAUUAUGAUUCGGCUAUUAAAUGUUUCUAAGAAAUAUCCGAUAUAGAAUAAAACGAAGAAAUCGAACAUAAUCUUGGAAUGUGCUUUUAUUUAAAAGGUGAUAUUGAUUAAUCUAUAGACCAUUUAUAAAACGCUUUGAAAAUAAACCCAAAAAAAGAAAAUGCUUUGUAUAAUUUAGGAAAUGCUUUAUCUAUAUUAUUUUAACCAGAAAAUAUUGAAUGGCUUAGCUAUGUAGCAGAAGUCUUUUUUAUAAAUGAAGAAUACGAUAAUGCAAAAAAAUUAUUCGAAAAAAUUCUAGAAUUAGAUAAUAUGAAUAUAGAUGCUAAUUUAAAAAUGGCUUAAUUAGAAUAUGCUUAAAAAAAUACUUAAAAUGCAAUUUUACAUAUGAAUAAAGUAUUAUAUUAAUAAUCUGAUAAUGUAGAAGCUUAAAAGCUCAAAAAAAUUAUAUUAGGUUAAUGA